AUGGUGAAUCAGGCCGGGCCGGCGAAGCGACCUACUUGCCCGUCGUGCGGCAAGCCGGCCCGCACUUGUAUCUGCGGCCGUCUCCCUGUACCAGCACUCGACAACCGGGUUGCCAUCACCAUCCUCCAGCACAGGCGGGAGAAGAACCAUCAUCUCAAUUCCGCGCGAGUAGCAGCCCUUGGGUUUAAGAACGUCGGGGUCGUUACGGUUUCCGACGUUCAUUCACUAGCUCGGGUCGCCAUCCGGCCCCUUGAUGUCCGAUGCGGCGUUGGCCGGGCUGGACUUGGUGGGACCGGCCACCUGUUUGAUGAAAUGCCGAGCAGGGAAAAUGAUGGCUCUGAGCUUUCUGUUUUUGAUGGUGAAAUUGUUGGGGGUAGUGAUUUUCGCUGUGGAUCCAAAGAAAAAUCCACGCCAGCUGAGAAGAACGAAAUUUUCAUCGACUUUACUGUUGGAAAACACGGGAACAUUGUCUUCUCCUCCGUCAAUGCUAGGAUUUCUGGGGUUGAAUCCCAAGGAAUUACGGGUUUCGAUCAGAUAUUGUCCUCUGAAAUAGCUUCUAAACACAUCGCUGGAGAAGGUUUUGUUGUGAAAAGAUUCCAGACUAGUGUUCAAAAUGAUGAAAAGAAAGAAUUUGAGAUUGUUGUUGUUCCUGGGUCUGUGCUUUUGUUCCCUAGUGAGCAAUCGGUCGGUUUUGACGCCAUAAAUUUUGAAGUAACGAAUUUGAUAGUGUUGGACGGGACGUGGCCAGAGGCAAAGAAAAUUUACAGAGUGAAUCCUUGGCUGAAGCUAUUGCCGCACGUGAGGUUGGACUUAGGUGAUAGGCCGAGCUUGUACGGUGAGAUCAGGUGUCAGCCCAAGGUGGGAUAUUUAUCGACAAUCGAGAGCAUUGUGUAUGCAAUGAAGGCUCUAGGGAAAGAAGGAGAAGGAGAAGGAGAUGGGCUUGAUGGCCUUUUGGACGUGUUUGGGUCGAUGGUUACUGAUCAAAGGAGGUUUGAAAUUGAAAAGUGCAGCAAAGGUUCGUAG